GGGCCUGGGAGUGUUGGCUCUGGCCAUGCCCUGGCUCUGAUACCCCCCCGGGCCCGCAGAAGCUGGACUGGGUGAGGGGGACUCUCAGGAAGGCUUUGUCCCAAGCCUGCAGCCAGCCCAGCUCCCGGCUCUGAGUAAACAUUAGAGAUAGGAUCGGGCGUAGCCAGGAAGGGUGGCAGGGUGUGGCCUGCGAGAAGAAUGGCAGGAUGUGGCACUGGGCACUGUUCUGGGCACCCACGCCUUGGGCUAUUGUUUAGGGCAGCCCGAGGCUCGCAACUCUCUGGGGCUUUGGGAGGAAGUGGCAUUCCCCCGGGACGUAAGCCUGCCCCACCCCUCCUGCGCAGAUCUCCUUCUCUGGCUCUGCCCCCUGGCACCGCCCACUCAGGGCCAGCACUGGAGGGUGGUUGUGUGCCCAGUGGGGAAAUGCAGCCACUGGCCCUCUUUGGAGGGCCUGCCCAUCUGUUCGGGCUUCCUGUAGCCCUGGUGAUGUCCAUGAGGAGCCCCGUCUCUGCCCAGCUGGCCCUGGAUGGCGUUGGCACCAUGGUGAACUGCACCGUCAAGUCCGAGGACAAGAAGGAACCUUGCCAUGAGGCCCCCCAGGGCGCAGCCGCCGCUGCGGAGCCCCAGCCUGCAGACCCAGCCCGGACCCCCCAGGACGGUGCAGACCCCCAAGCUCCAGCCCAGGACUGUAGCUCUCCAGAGAGCAAUGGGUCCCCAGAACCCAAGAGACCGGGAGCCCUAGAGGCUGCUUCUGGAAGCCAGGAGAAGCUGGACUUCAACCGGAACUUAAAAGAAGUGGUGCCGGCCAUCGAGAAGCUGCUGUCCAGUGACUGGAAAGAGAGGUUUCUGGGAAGGAACUCUGUGGAAGCCAAAGAUGUCAAAGGGACCCAAGAGAGCCUGGCAGAGAAGGAGCUGCAGCUUCUGGUCAUGAUCCACCAGCUGUCCACCCUGCGGGACCAGCUCCUGGCGGCCCACUCGGAGCAGAAGAACAUGGCUGCCAUGCUCUUCGAGAAGCAGCAGCAGCAGAUGGAGCUGGCCCGGCAGCAGCAGGAGCAGAUUGCCAAGCAGCAGCAGCAGCUCAUCCAGCAGCAGCACAAGAUCAACCUCCUGCAGCAGCAGAUACAGCAGGUCAACAUGCCUUAUGUCAUGAUCCCAGCCUUCCCUCCAAGCCACCAACCUCUGCCUGUCGCCCCCGACUCCCAGCUGGCCUUGCCCAUUCAGCCCAUCCCCUGCAAACCAGCCUCUGCGUUCCAGCAUCACCUCAAAAGUUUAAAGUCCGGAGUCUCAGACAUGGGCAGGACCCAAGUGGAGUACCCACUGCAGCUGCUGCACAGCCCCCCGGCCCCAGUGGGGAAGAGGCCUGGGGCCAUGGCCGCCCACCACCCCCUGCAGGAGCCCUCCCAGCCCCUGAACCUGACAGCCAAGCCCAAGGCUCACGAGCUGCCCAACACCUCCAGCUCCCCCAGCCUGAAGAUGAGCGGCUGUGGCCCCCGGCCCCCCAGCCACGGGGCCCCCACGCGGGACCUGCAGUCCAGCCCCCCCAGCCUGCCUCUAGGCUUCCUUGGUGAGGGGGAUCCUGUCACCAAAGCCAUCCAGGAUGCUCGACAGCUGCUGCACAGCCACGGCGGGGCCUUGGAAAGCUCCCCCAACACCCCCUUCCGUAAGGACCUCAUCAGCCUGGACUCGUCCCCAGCCAAGGAGCGGCUGGAGGAGAGCUGUGUGCACCCGCUGGAAGAAGCCAUGCUGGGCUGCGACAUGGACGGCUCCCGCCACUUCCCGGAGUCCCGGAACAGCAGCCACAUCAAGAGGCCCAUGAACGCCUUCAUGGUGUGGGCCAAGGACGAGCGGAGGAAGAUCCUCCAAGCCUUCCCGGACAUGCACAACUCCAGCAUCAGCAAGAUCCUCGGCUCGCGCUGGAAGUCCAUGAGCAACCAGGAGAAGCAGCCCUACUACGAGGAGCAGGCGCGGCUGAGCCGGCAGCACCUGGAGAAGUACCCCGACUACAAGUACAAGCCGCGGCCCAAGCGCACCUGCAUCGUGGAGGGCAAGCGGCUGCGCGUGGGCGAGUACAAGGCCCUGAUGAGGACCCGGCGCCAGGACGCCCGCCAGAGCUACGCCAUCCCCCCGCAGGCCGGCCAGGUGCAGAUGAGCCCCACAGACGUCCUGUACCCGCGGGCGGCAGGCAUGCCCCUGGCACAGCCGCUGGCGGAGCACUACGUCCCCCGGAGCCUGGACCCCAACAUGCCUGUCAUCGUCAACACCUGCAGCCUCAGGGAGGAGGGUGAAGGCACAGACGACAGGCACUCGGUGGCCGACGGCGAGAUGUACCGGUACAGUGAGGAUGAAGACUCGGAGGGCGAAGAGAAGAGUGACGGGGAGUUGGUGGUGCUCACGGACUGAUCCCGCUGGGUGGGCCCAGCCCCUUCUGGGGACAGACCCCACCCCAACCCCAUGGGCACAGCCAGCCAACCUGGACUACGUUGGUACUUGGCCUUGGGUGUGCCCUGGAGAUGGGCAAAGCUGUGCACUUGUAGAUAUAUGUUCAUGAGGGGAGAGUCCCCCUCCCCGCCACACCCUCUGGCGGGUGUACCUGAGGAGCUGUCACCUGCUGGGCAGGCUGCUCCUCGGCCCUUGGGGCGCACAGCCAGGGGACACUGGAUGGCCCUCGCUCCUGCAGGUCUACCCAUGGGGAUGUGGCAGCUACACACCUGUCCCCUUGGGGUCACAUGCUGUUUCCAUUCUUGUCCUGGCUGGACCAGCCACUGUGGGACCACCACCCCCUCCCACACACCCCCAGAUCACUCCUCUAUCACCAGGAUCACUUUGUGCAAAGGGUCUGGCUGUCUCUCACUGUCUUUGUCUCUGCCAAGCCCAUUGUCCUCUGGCUGCUCUGUGUGUGUGUCUGUGUGCACGUGUGUGUGUUUUCAUCUGUUCCUUCAUUGCACAAGAUAUUUAUUAAGUGCCCACUGCGUGCCAGGCACUGUUCCUGUGGCUAUGUCUCUUGAUGCCACUCUUGUUUCUCUGGGGGCCUCUUUCUGUGCUUCUCUUUGUCCCCAAAUUGCUACCUCUUUGUCAGUCUGGGUGUCUCAGGUUCUGUGUGUUCCUUGUGUGCAUUUCUCUCUCUCUCUUCCUUGUCUUUCUGCAAGGCCCUCUUUGUCUCUUUCUCUUUUUUGCAGUGUCUGUCCCUGCCCCCCUGAUGCCCUCUGGGUCCCAGCAGGCCCCUGGUCUGCCCAUGGGCCCACCAGCCUUCCUGCCCCUUCCUGCCCGCCCCUUCACUCCCUCCCUGACUCUGCCUGCCGGUUCCCACGGAGCCACUUUUAGCUCUGAGCAGCAUGGGAAUGUGCCUCAGCCUCCAAGGGGCUG